UCACGGUAUGGAUCAAAAAUUAAAUUUCUCCUCGUGAAAUUGACAAAAAAUUCACCGCACCGAGCUUUCUAAAACGCGUAAAAACACCCAAAAUAUCCGAAAAAAUCACAAAAACCUUCGGUCGUUGAUUUUUUCGUGUUUGAGAACAAAUUAGCUCGUCAAUUGUGAUAAAAAGUGAGAAAUAACAAAAAAAUAAAUAUUUUCAUGGACGUGUUUGAAUGUUACAAAAAUCAGCUUAUUCUUACUUUAUUUCACUUGUUAAACGGCAAAACACGACGAUAAGGGUUUAUCAGUGAUUACACACGAAAAAAUUACGGAAUCGCGGAAAAAUAAUGAAAGAUAUAAAAACUCCAUAUGUUAUCUAUUUAUAAAUUGUGAUAAAUAUUUACCAUAAACACGUAAAAGUGCAAUAAUUUUAAAUAAUUUAAUUUACCUUGAAGAAAGCGUUUUUUGUUAUUUUUGUAUUUAUUAUUGUAACUGAUUGUCAAAAAUUAAAUUGUAUUUCUUGGCAACGGCAAAAACGAACAAAAAUAAAAAAAAAAAUAAAAAUUAUUUCAAAGAUGAGUCGCAAUAGCUGGAACAUUGAGUUACUCUUGUUUUGCGUAGUUAUUUUAUGCACCACCAAAAGUUGUGUUUCGAAUGAAUUUCAUGACUUGCGCGUGUAUAUCGUAACAUGGAACGUCGGCACGAAGCAACCCGACAAUUUGCAUCUCCAUGACUUGCUGGGACUCGAAUCGAAGCCCGAAAAUGACAAAAAUCAACCAGAUUUUUACGUCAUCGGGCUGCAGGAGGUCAGCGCGCAACCACAAAAUAAAUUUGUCAACUUGUUCAAAGUCGAUCCGUGGAUCAAGCAGUUCAAGAACAUCCUGAAGAAGCGAGAUUACAUCAUCGUCAAGUCGGAACAUUUGCAGGGAUUGUUGCUCGUUGUCUUCGCAAAACGGAAACAUGUCUUGCACUUGCGGGAAGUUGAGACGGAGUACACGAGAACGGGACUUGCGGGAUUUUGGGGAAAUAAAGGAGCCGUCAGUAUUCGCUUUAACGCGUAUGGAAGUACAGUGUGUGUUGUAAAUGCUCAUUUGGCUGCCCAUGACAAUAAAUUAGACGAACGGAUUGAGGAUUACAAUUCCAUUGUGAAAGAUAUGAAGUUCAAUGUUGGCAUUAGUCGAGAUAUUUUCAGUCAUGAUUAUGUAUUUUGGUUCGGCGAUUUGAACUUUAGAAUUCGCGAAGAUUUUCUUCCAAAUCCACAAGACGUCAAAGCGCGCAUCAUGAAAGACGAUUUAGAGGAGCUCAUGAGGAAUGAUCAAUUGUUACAAGUGAGAAAUGAGGGACGAGCCUUCCAACAACUCGAAGAAAAGUUACCAAUGUUCCCUCCAACGUUCAAAUUUGAGGAAGGAACGAAUAAUUAUGACCUCAAACGCCGUCCUGCAUGGUGCGAUCGCGUUUUAUACAAAGUUACCCACGAAAAUGUGACAAACAUCAAACUUGACGCCAAACAAACGAGUUAUCGAUCGCAUCCAAACUACACAAUAAGUGAUCACAAGCCCGUAACCAGCGAAUUUUCGAUAAAGAUCAAGAGUAUUUUACGUAAAGGAAGUUUUAGAGGAUAUAAUGAAAUGCUUGAUGGUACACAGGUGAUCGAUGAUCCGACGGAGCUUGUUGCAGAGUUCGAGCCAAUUAAUCUUUGGACUGUUGGAGAGGAAAAUACGAUAACUUACAUCUUGCCGCCCGGUUUUGAGGAGAAAGAAGCUGAUUGGAUUGGCGUUUUUAAAGAACACUUUACAAGUUUGGACAAAUAUCAAGCUUGGGAAUAUACGAAUCGCGACGAAAAUGACCGCCAUCGACAGCGAUCACAGCGUCGCGAGCUCAAACUUACAUUCCCAGACUCCGUUUCGUUGCGCGAAGGACGCAAAUAUCGCUUGUUAUAUUUCCAGAGUACGGGAACGCGAGGCGUCACAGGCUUGGCUGGCAUCGGAGAUCCAUUCCCGAUACAAAAACGUGCUCGCAGUCCCGGGCCCGAUGACGUAGAUUAAAACUAACAAAUUUAUUUUAUAUUUUUAUAUAAAAGUUUCGCUCAGUUCGAACAAAAAAACAAAAUUUUGGAACAAUCACGUACUUUUAAAAAAUUUUAAAAUUUAAAUAUUUAGAGAAAAAAUGUUAAAAUUGAAAUUGUUGCGUAUUGUAGAGGCCUUUAUGCAAAAAAGUGCUUAAUUGUUAAAAAAAAUUCUUAAAGAAAUACUCUUUAACUCUAUUUCUCUCUCUCUAUGAAGGUCAUGAACAAUUUUAGCUUAAAAAGCAUUUACUUAAAAAAAAAGAAAAUUUAAAAAAAAGUCAAGCUACAUCGCUCCUACAUCAGUAUUUCUCUCGCAUGCACCAAUUUUUUCGAUGACCGACCUCCGUGUGUCAUAUUAGCUCCAUUUAAAUGUAAAAUAGAUGAGAAAACGACACUUCCUCACGCUAAUUUUGCGCCCGAUAUAUUUAGAUAGUGAUAUACAUAAAUACUAAUUGCCUUUACAACAAGAUUUACAUGUUAGAUAUACAUUUGCAUAUUUUAGAGAAAUUAAGACAAAAAUUUAAUAAUUAAUGAACUUCCUUUUUUUAUUUUAAUUUUUGGUGUGCUUGGUGAAAAUUAUUAUAAUUAAAAUGCGGAACUAACAUAAUUAACUAACAACAAAAAAAAAC